AUGCAAGAGGAGCACUGGAAACCCCCACCAAACAAUCCGCCACGGAUGGAAGUACCGGAAGUAAGGAUUGAAAAGGCGAAGAAGACUGAGAAAAUGUACGAAAGGAAACGAAAACACCGAAAAAUUGUCGAUGAAGUGACGAAAAGGAUUAACAAAUUGCCAACUGGGGCUCAGCCGUAUGCGACAUUCAUCCUCCAACUGUGUUCAUAUGUUGGCUCAUGCGGGAAAAAUCGACAAAGCAAUAAAGUGGCACCGAUUACUUCCAAAAUCCAGGCUCGUCAUCUAGAAUUGGAGCCAUUGUGUUGCCUAAGUUCGUGUCUAGUUCGAGGUGGAUGCACAGCUGUGGUCGCUUUUGAGGCUUUCUUUAUCGCAACAACUCUUAUUUGUAUGUUGAUUCAAUUCUAUUCGGAUGGACAUUUCCAUUUCUGGCGUCCCUUCGAGCAAUCUUUUAAUGCAUACAUCACACAUCCUAUUUUCUUCUAUAUUCUACUAGCUUUUGAUUUGAUAACAGUGAUUGCAGCUCUUUGUUUAACUCAUGGCCUCUUCCGUUUCGACAAAAGUCUCUUACGUCUUCAUUAUCGAUAUGAUCUAUUUGCUCUUUGCUUUCAUGUAACUGCUUUUCUACUUUAUGCUUUUGCUAUUUCAACAAAGGGUUCUCAACACUGGGAUUUCCCGAACACUCUUCUUGUACUCUCCUUUCUUUCUCAAAUCCCUGUUCAAAUCUGGGCGUUAUCAGUGGUGAAAAGUUGUGCCGAUUUCUUUGCUCUUAUUCACGUGUUCGUUUCUUUAGCCGAUUCG